AUGCCUUCAGUCGUUAUCCAAUUCAACCCCGUUAUCCAAUUCGACCCCGUUGUCCAGUUCGACCCCGUUGUCCAGUUCGACCCCGUUGUCCAGUUCGACCCCGUUGCCCAGUUCGACCCCGUUGCCCAGUUCGACCCCGUUGCCCAGUUCGACCCCGUUGCCCAGUUCGACCCCGUUGCCCAGUUCGACCCCGUUGCCCAGUUCGACCCCGUUGCCCAGUUCGACCCCGUUGCCCAGUUCGACCCCGUUGCCCAGUUCGACCCCGUUGCCCAGUUCGACCCCGUUGCCCAGUUCGACCCCGUUGCCCAGUUCGACCCCGUUGCCCAGUUCGACCCCGUUGCCCAGUUCGACCCCGUUGCCCAGUUCGACCCCGUUGCCCAGUUCGACCCCGUUGCCCAGUUCGACCCCGUUGCCCAGUUCGACCCCGUUGCCCAGUUCGACCCCGUUGCCCAGUUCGACCCCGUUGCCCAGUUCGACCCCGUUGCCCAGUUCGACCCCGUUGCCCAGUUCGACCCCGUUGCCCAGUUCGACCCCGUUGCCCAGUUCGACCCCGUUGCCCAGUUCGACCCCGUUGCCCAGUUCGACCCCGUUGCCCAGUUCGACCCCGUUGCCCAGUUCGACAAGUUCGACCCCGUUGCCCAGUUCGACCCCGUUGCCCAGUUCGACCCCGUUGCCCAGUUCGACCCCGUUGCCCAGUUCGACCCCGUUGCCCAGUUCGACCCCGUUGCCCAGUUCGACCCCGUUGCCCAGUUCGACCCCGUUGGACGCAUCCCGCAGAUGUGA